AUGAGCGGCGGCACAGUUCCUAGCGAGGAUAUUUUGAACAGGAAGCUUGAUUUGUGUGUAAGCAAUGCCCUUGUUAAAAGUGGUAUUGGCUUUACAGCCGGUCUAUUGGUUUCCGUGUUGCUGACGCGCCGUCGUACAUGGCCCGUGUGGUUGGGUUUGGGUUUCGGCUUCGGUGCCGCAUAUACCGACUGCGAGCGCUCGUUUAAUCCUGUAUCUGUUCCUGGAGUGCGUAUUGUGCCCAGCAACAGUGUUGUCCAUACCGAGCAGCCCUCUGCGUUUGACCAGCUGCAGAAGCGUGUGGGCAGCAUGUUUGGCGCGACCGCUGACGCUGCUGCCGACAAUGCAUCUAAAGCGGCGUCAUCCGUUAGCGACACUGCUAAGGAUGCUACCGACAAGGCGUCCUCCAUUGGCGAAAAUGCACACCACCGCUUCGCCGAGCUGUCGAGCAGUGCCGGCGAAGCCGUUGAGAAGCAAUGGAACAACCUCCAGGAUGCAGCACAAGGACUUUCCCAAACGGUUGCGGAGAAGAGCAAGGAGCUUACUGAUUCGGUGCAAGGAGCUACGAACGACAAGGUGCGCGCGCUCUAG